AUGUCGACGUCUCGAGGCCGCAACCCGCCUCCGCCAUCGUCGUCGCACAGGCGGCGGCCCUCUGCCAACAUGCCCCAAGCAGACGACGAUGACAGCUUGCUGGGUUCGCGACAGCUUGAAGCCUUUGGCCGCACCGUCCAUGCCACUGCCAGCCAUUUCAUCGGCCCUCUGACAGGCGACCCUCACCAUUACCAGACCGCCCUAGGCGACAUCCACCGCGAGCUACGUCGACCUUUGAUUCAGCGCUCCGUCUUUGAGCUCGCCAAAGCUUCGCCCAAGGAACUUGUCCGCUCUACUUUCUCCACCACCGAGAUCCAGCACCGCGCUCUAGUCCACCUCCCCGACGACCUCCUCCGCCACAUUCCCGAACGCUCCAGCACUUACUCACUAUUCCAAGGCUUCCAGGCCUCUAAACCAGAAGAGAAGAAAAAGUCUGCCCGCAGCAACGACAAAGGCCAGAAAUUACUCGGCCAUGAAAGCGAUGAUGAAGCAGAUCCAUCCACUCCUGCAGCCGCCCUAAAGAAGCUCAAAUCAAAAAAGGGUACUAUGGAGCACCGCUUGGAGAUGAUGGGCAUUCGCAAGAACAUGUGUAUCUCCGAGAUCAAAGAAAUCGAUACCAAGAUUGCCAAUCUCAACACUAUGAGGAAGAUUGUCCUUCAACGACUGGCCGGUCACGAGCAGGAAGAGGUCGACCUCGAAAAUGAGAUACAAGAAACGUCCGAGAAGCUCUCCGACUUACAGGAGGAAAUGGAAGAUGCUGCUGCCCUGGCUACCAAAUCCCCACCACUGGAACCUACACCGGACACGCCUGCCGAUCUGGCCGAGUCUACCGAAACUUUCAUGUCUGAAUCUGUAUACGAGAAACUGCCUGACCCCUCGCCGACCAAGACGGACAAAGAAAAGGAAAAGGAGAAAAAGAAGCGCCGUGUAAACAGGCGCAAAUCCAUGCCCGUAUUGCACGAGCACAUGGAGAAGGGUUCUCGCAUCCGCGAGUUCCAAGCCCACAAUGACAUGAUUACUGCCCUGGACUUUGACGCUCCUUUUGGUACUCUUGUUUCCGCCGCCCUCGACGACACAGUUCGCGUAUGGGAUUUGAAUGCUGGAAGAUGCAUAGGUCUUCUUGAAGGCCACCACGCUUCAGUGCGCUGCUUGCAGGUACAAGACAAUUUUGUUGCCACUGGGUCAAUGGAUGCUAGCAUCCGCUUCUGGGACCUGAACCAAGCCGAAUAUUCUCCUCCGCCGUCAUCGCGGAAUAACAGAUUUGGUCGUUCGUCUGAGGACGGGGAAGAUGAUGCCGAUAUGUUAUCUGAUCCCGAAUUGGACCCUCUUCCCGUCGCGCCUACAUCUUCCAUGCAAGACUGUCUGGUCACCGAACUUUCUGCUCACGUGGCAGAAGUUACUGCUCUACACUUCCACAAGAACACUCUUGUUUCUGGUUCGGCUGACAAGACGCUUCGCCAGUGGGACUUGGAGAACGGUCGCUGCGUACAAACACUUGAUGUCAUGUGGGCAGCUGCUCAGGCAAGUGUAUCGAACAACAGCUUUGGCGCCCCUUCUCCAGCUGCUGCAGAUCCAGCGGCCUCAGAAGGCUGGUGGCGACCUGCUUCUGGCCGCCUACCGCCUGCCGAAGCGGACUUUGUCGGUGCCAUCCAAGUGUUUGAAACAGCAUUGGCAUGCGGUACUGCCGAUGGUAUGGUCAGACUCUGGGACCUGAGAAGUGGCAAUGUCCAUAGGAGUUUGGUUGGCCAUACAGGGCCCAUUACAUCUUUGGCAUUCUCUGGCAUUCAUAUGGUGACUGGCAGUGCUGAUCGCAGUGUUCGGAUUUGGGACCUCCGUACUGGUGGCAUUAUUGACGCAUUCGCAUACGAAUCACCAAUCGUCGACUCAUCCGUUGACGCCAGACAUAUUGUGUCGGCAAUUGGUGAGUCGGUGGUCAAAGUCUACGAUAAAACAGAUGGCAACCAAUGGGACUGCGGGCCUGGGGCGGCGGAAAUGGAAGAGGAAGACCAAGGGCCGCUCUCCACCAUUGAGCGUGUCCGCAUCAAGGACGGCUAUCUGGUUGAAGGCAGGAAAGACGGAGUCGUCGGUGUGUGCCUGCUUGCAUCUUCUGUCUUUACCGUUCGCCGCAUCCAAUCUAUUCUGCCCGUCCAAUUUAUUUCCACUCGUGCUCACAGAAUGCUCGUCCGAGCAGCGGGUCGCAGGACGCGGCGAAACACCUCUCUAUACCUCACUCAUCUCGCCGACUCGCUACAUCUUCCGUUUCUCUGUCCUGCUCAGGCACGAUGGAACUCGUCACAUUCGCCGCAAACUCCCCAAGCAAGAACACCCACACGCCUCCAAUCCUUGAGUACCGACAAGACACAAACGAGGCGCUUAGCCACAGUUGCCGAUCAACACUCGACAGCCCCUGACUCGCCACGAUGGACUUUUGGUGGAGUUGAAUACUCUCUGGAUCCCAAGGACACUCUCAUGCUGCAACAUGACCUGCAAGCAACACACGAGCCUAGACGCUUGUUCACAAACGGGCUCGCUGGAAAUGUCAGCGAUCUCGUACAAAGUCUACACACAUGUCUCCGCGUCGAGCGUCUCGAGAGAGCCCGCCUUGUCAUCGAAAAGUUGCGACAACGCUGCCACAAGGAUUCAUUCGAGAUCCAACACGUCCACAGUGCAUACCUCGAGGCGAGCCUCGCACAGAUCGAGAACACUCCAUCAUCGAACCGAAGAGAAGAUCAAUAUGAAGCUUUGCGGGAUUGGUUCGAGAAUGACCUUGUGCAACACGAGUAUCCUAUUGACUCGCAAACGCUAGUCGUCAUGAUGCGCGCCGCCAUGAAUUCGCUGACGAAACCCAAGCAAGAGCGCGCCAUUCGCCGCUAUGCAGAACUUGCAGAGGCAUCUGGACCAGGUCUGCUCGACGAGAUUUGCGAUUCUGACGACUUCACUGAUGAUGAGUUUAUGAGGAUUGGAGCCGUCCUACCUACUUUGAAAUCCAGGUCGCCACAAAUCGAGCAGCCCGUCGACACCGAUGAGCUGCCAUCUUCUGAUUCAGAUAUCGUAUCCACGCCCGACCUCACCGAUGUACCCGCUGUUCUUGAAGUAGCACAGAAGGGAAUGGGCUUGGCCUCAUUGAAAGAUGCUCUUGACGCCGCGUCACCUGCUCUUCAGUCAAGCACGACGCUCGAGGCCAUGGAACAGGCCAGACUCACACCCGAGGAUCGCGAGCGUCUGCUUGAAGAGAGUGCGGGUAAAGCGGCCAUAGAGCGAUGGAAGAAAGAGGAGGAAAACCUGCAAAAACUUGGUAUACACAGCACUCUUGAAUCAAAGCCGCUUGGCGCUUUGAUGUGGCAAUGGUACUCGGACUUGCUGCCUGUGCUGCGCGAAGAGAUAGAGGCCUGUCGCGCGCUCAUGGACAAUCCUCCACGAGACAAUACCGUCAAGGAACAACUCAUCUACGGACCCUUCGUUGAGGCUGUGCCCAUAGAGCAACUCGCCGCAACAACUAUCCUCAGCGUCAUGGGUUCGUUCGCUGGCGGCAAGGACAGGACCUCGGGUACCUACAGCAGUAACCAGAGACUCGGACGUCUUACAGCUACUCUUGGAAAAAUCAUGCAGGAUGAGGCUAACGCCGAAGCUGCUAGACAACGCGCAAUCGCUGAGCGUAAAGCGAAGCUUGGCCGUACUCCGAAGAAGCAGCCAAAGUCACCCCACCCAUUCUUUGACACGGAUUUGCACGUCUGGCCCAGCGAUGUUCGUGUCAAGCUGGGUGCCAUGCUUGUCUCGAAACUUAUCGAUAUUGCCAAGAUUCCUGUCUCUCGACAGCAUCCCAGGACAAAAGAGAUGGUCACGCAGACCCAGCCAGCUUUCCUCCACAAGACACUUUAUGAAUCAGGGAGGAAGCAAGGAUGGCUCUGCCCUAGUUCUGAGCUGAUACACAAGCUUCAUCGCGAACCCGUUGCCGGUCUCAUUGCCAAAAGGCUGCCAAUGGUGAUCGAACCAAAACCUUGGACCGGCUUCAGCAAGGGUGGCUACCUCAACUAUCCCACACCUGUCAUUCGUUUCUCUGGAGCGGACAGUGUGCCUCGUGACUACGCAUAUGCUGCCAUUCAACGAGGAGAUCUCGACAAGGUCUUCGAAGCUCUCAACGUCCUUGGCAAAGUUCCGUGGAAGAUCAACGAGGAUGUGUUGCGUGUGCAGAUCGAGGCAUGGAACAGUGGCGAGCCCAUCGGCAAUUUUGCUCCUUUGAAUCCAAAGCUCGACCUGCCUCCUGAACCUGACAACAAGUCUAAUCCUCAGGCGCGCCGUCUCUGGCUACAGAACGUCAAAGAUAUGGAGAACGCCAAGAGUGGCUACCAUUCGAAAAGAUGUUUCCAAAACUUCCAGCUCGAGAUUGCCAGAGCAUUCAGGAAGGAGAAGGUUUACUUNCCCCACAACAUCGAUUUCCGCGGUAGAGCAUAUCCUAUUCCUCCUUACCUCAAUCACAUGGGUGCCGACAACGCUCGUGCCCUGAUGACAUUCGCCGAGGGGAAAGGACUGGGCGAAGUCGGAUUGAGAUGGCUCAAGAUUCACCUGUCUAACGUAUUUGGUUUCGACAAGGCCAGUCUAUCCGAGAGAGAACAGUUUGCAAUGGACCACCUGGAUGACAUCCGCGAUUCGGUAGCCAANCCCCUGAGCGGUAGAAGAUGGUGGCUCGAAUCCGAGGAUGCGUGGCAGACUUUGGCUGCUUGUUAUGAAUUGAAGGCCGCCAUGGAUCUCCCCGAUCCGACUAAAUAUGUCUCACACCUUCCUAUUCACCAGGAUGGUACUUGCAAUGGUCUCCAGCACUACGCAGCUCUUGGUGGUGACUCUGCCGGUGCCCGUCAAGUCAACCUGGAACCUGGAGACAGACCCUCUGAUGUUUACAGUGCUGUUGCCGACGGAGUCAAGGCUGAAGUCGAGAAAGAUUUCGCUGCAGGUCAUCCUGUGGCGCAGUUCCUCAGAGGCAAAAUUACUCGCAAGGUCGUCAAGCAGCCGGUCAUGACCAACGUUUAUGGUGUCACCUACUACGGCGCCAGAGCGCAAGUCAAAAAACAACUUGAGGAAAUCUUCCCCGAGAUUCAUCGUCACGAUGCUUUGGACCAUCUGACGCUUGCCUCUUACGUCGCCAAGAAGAUCUUCAAGUCUCUUGGUGAGAUGUUUACAGGUGCACAAGCUAUUCAGACAUGGCUGGGAGAUUGUGCAGAUCGUAUCUCCACUUGUGUUACACCUGAGCAGAUUGCUUCCAUGGAGAAAGACCACUCUGAAGGCAGGUCUAUCAUCCCGGAGAAGCCCGUGAUUACCAAAGGUAAAGGCAAGGGCGCUACUGUACAGCGCGCUGAGGCGUCGAAGCACUUGUUCCGCAGCUCUGUCAUCUGGACCACUCCCCUUCGUCUUCCUGUCGUACAGCCUUACCGCACUUCGAAGCGCCGUCAGGUCAAGACCAAUCUUCAGCACAUUGCCCUCCAGGAGCCAACCGCAGUUGAUCCUGUAAGCAAGCGCAAGCAAUUGCAAGGCUUCCCUCCCAACUUCAUUCACUCUUUGGAUGCGACACAUAUGAUGCUGUCCGCCAUCAAGUGUGACGAGAACAACAUCGCGUUUGCUAGUAUUCACGAUUCCUUCUGGACCCACGCUUGUGAUAUCAAUCACCUAUCCGUCGUCCUCCGCGAUGCCUUCGUUGCCAUGCACACCGAAGAUGUCGUUGGUCGCCUGCGCCAAGAGUUUAUUGCUCGCUACAAGGGCUGUAUGUACCUUGCCGCAGUUGACAUCCGCACACCGGUUGGCAAGAAGAUUGCCGCGGUCCAAAAGGCUCGUCCUAAGGGAAACAGAAAGAACAAGCAGCUACAGCCAACCCUGAUCCUUCAACUUCUGGAAGAGGCCGAACGUUUACGUCUACUCAACAGCGAGAAUCCAGAGGAAGUUGCUCAAGGCGAAGAGAUGCUCACCUCUGGCAGCAUCUUUGCCGAUGAGGCCGAUGCUGAAGAUGCGCUGACUGUGCCUCCUGAGAUCGUCAACGCACGUCUCGGCGAGAUUCCCGAAAACUCGGAUGUCCUAGGUGCCUCCGAGUCUGGCGUUGAUGACUUGACCGAGCCCAUCUUGUCCGACCACGAUGACGUCGACACCACCAGCGACGACAAGGUCGCCAAAGCAGCCGAAGACGCCGAUGUGGAUGUGGAUGAAGCAGAAGAACACGUCCCCACCGUCGAAGAACUGAAGAAAAAGUCCAAGCCGGCCGCAAAGAAGCCGCCCGUCAAGAAGGUGUACGUCUGGCUGCCGCUCAAGUUCCCCGAGGUGCCUGCGAAGGGCGACUUUGACGUGACGAGGUUGAAGGAGAGUCGAUACUUCUUCCACUAG